AUGCCUUUUUUUGACCGUAAAUACCUGUCAGAACAACAACUUAAAGGCUUCGACAAAUAUAAAGUAAGUAAUUCCUGAAUAGUUAUAAAACCCAUGACGAUUAUAAUAACUGAGUGUUGUAGUAUUCAUGUAUCGACAGUUCUCCAAUCGCUGUAUACAUUUCGCAUCCGUUUUGGAAUUGGUUUGUAAAUGUAAGUGAAGAAAUCACUAAAUACAUAGUACUACUAAAUAAGACUAUUGUAGUUCUAUCCUGAAUGGCUAGCUCCGAAUGUUCUUACUUUGGCAGGAGCUCUCCUCGUCAUGGGCUGUUACUGGUUGGUGGCCUACUUUGAUUAUUAUUUCGAGGUUAACUCUUCCCAUAAGGCUGAGCAGUUUCCUUCGUGGAUCUGGGUUGUUUGUGGAGUAUCCACUUUUUUAGCCCAUACAUUAGACGGAACGGACGGGAAACAAGCUCGUCGAACGGGUGCCUCAGGGCCCACUGGAGAACUCUGUAGGUGUCAAUCAUCAUUUCCAUUCUUUCAGUUGAUCAUGGACUGGACUCGUGGUCGACUGUCCCGUUUACACUAACCAUCUUCUCUUUAUUUGGGCAAGGGGAGUACAGUAUUACUCCAGUCCGGUUACUAUGUGUUCUCAUCUCUGUGCAGCUAGUUUUUAUCGUUACUCAUUGGGAAAAGUAUAACACCGGGGUCAUGUUUCUUUCAUGGGCUUAUGAUGCUAGUCAAUAUGUAAGUGAAGGCGGGCAUGUUUUUGAAGAAUUCACUUCAGGGACUGUCAUUGUUUUAUCUAUUCGCAUAUGUGAAGGGGCCUGACUAUUUCAAAUAUUAUGUAUUCCCUGGAUAUACCUUUGCUCAUUGUUUCGAGAUUUCUUUUUAUGGUAAGUUUGAACGUAUCUUUAACCGCAUUUGGCAGUAUGUUGUGUAUUCUCAUUCCUAAUGUCCUUCUACAAUAUGUAUCUUGCUUAUUUUGUGGACAAAACUGGGAAACAAGUAAGAUCGGCUUCCGUAAAAUUAUGUUUUAGUCGAAUGUAUUUGAGGCAUUUUUGCCAAUGAUUUCCCCAUCUAUUUUGUUUGGCUCGUCACUUUUAUGGGCCAUUUACUCGCCUCAGGGUCUAAUCAAUCAGAAUCCUAGACUUUUCUUCUGGACGAUGGGUGUCGUAUUCUCUAAUAUUGCGGUAUGUGGAUAAUCAUCCAUGAAAAGGAUAGUUUUAGGUAAGACUCAUUAUUGCUCAGAUGUCUUGCAAUCGAGCAGAAAUCAUGAAUCCUUUAUUGGGAUUCUACAUUUUGAUUGUUUUUGGAGCCGUUGGUGGAUUUUUCGACUCGUUCGAAAUGACAGUUCUUCAAGUUUCUUCUUGGGUUUUGACCUUAGCCCAUAUUCAUUAUGGAGUAUGUGUGGUAAGCGCCUCUUUGAAUGGCAAAUACUCGACCGUUUAGGUAAAACAACUCUGUGAUCACUUCAACAUUUAUGCUUUCAACCUAUCCUAUUUACAAAAACCGACAAAACACGAAUAA